AUGACUGCUAAAAUUGCUAUCGUGAUUAGCACCCUGUCUCCUCAUUUAGCCACCUUAGCUGAGGCUGAAAAAAAAGGUAUCGAAAGUGCAGGUGGUAGCGCAGAUAUUUACCAGUUACCAGAAACACUCACUUCGAAUGAUUCUGAAGAAUCAUUGGAUGAAAAGGAAGAAGCAGUUCAAGAAACUAAAAAAGAUGAGGAGUCAGAAAAGGAAGAAGCAGUUCCAGAAACUAAAAAAGAUGAGGAGCCAGAAAAGAAAGAGUACCCAUUGGCUGAUAAGGAUAUUUUAUUGAAGUACGAUUUUUACUUGUUCGGUAUACCUACUAACUUGGGAUCAAUUCCAGCUUCAUGGGCAUCAUUUUGGGAUAGAACAGGCGGGUUAUGGGCCAAAGGUGCCUAUGAUGGUAAAGCAGCCGGUUUCUUUGUUACCUCCGCCGUCUAUGGAGACGGUCAAGAGGCUACAAUUAAAAGUGCCUUGAACUAUUUGGUCCAUCACGGUAUCAUUUAUAUUCCAUUAGGCUAUAAGAAUGCUUUUGCUGAAAUUGCAAACAUUGAGGAGAUUCACGGUGGUACUGCUUGGGGUGCUGGUUCAUUGUGCGGCCCCGAUGGUUCUAGAGAACCAUCUGAACUAGAAUUGAAAAUUGCAGAGAUUCAAGGUAAAAGCUUUUACGGUUCAGUAAAGAAGUUCAUUAAAUAUGCUGAAAAGAAGGCCGCAGAAAAGAAAGCUGCUGAAAAGAAGGCCACUGAUAAUAAAAAGGCAGACGCUCCAAAAAGAGCAACCGAAAAACCGGCUGCAAAUGCAGCUGACAAAAGCAAAACAUCUGGUCUCAAAGAUGCUUGUUGUACAUUGAUGUGA